GAGAGAGAGUCAGAGAGAGUAAGUAAGAGGCGUUUCAAGUAGCGACGUCUCCUUCCUCUUCGUCAAUGGCGUAAAAUUGCAGAGAAGCUCUUAAUUAAGCGGUUUCUAAUUUCCUCUUUCGUUUCUUCGGUACCAAGUUUGUGAUAAGCAUCGAUUUGGUUUGGAUUGUGCUGCAAAAGAAGAUGAAGUUUGGGAAAAUAUUUAAGAAGCAAAUGGUGCCCGAGUGGGUAGAAGCUUACAUGGACUACAAUGGAUUGAAGAGGAAUCUGAAAGAGAUACGUAGCUACAAAUACAGUAGGCUGAGUAGAGCAGCCUCGAGAGUGUCGCAGCAGGCAGAAGCCUUGCACCGUUCGUUUAGUGGCCUUUCUUACCAUCCCAGCAACAGCGAACAUGCAGGGGACAUUGAGGAGCAAGUCAUUAAAGUCGACACUGUGCAGCAAGAUGAUUCUCGUAAGUUGUACAAGACUAAGUUCCUAAAGAAAUCUGAAGAAGGAGGGGAAUUCGAAGAAACCUUCUUCAGAAAGCUCGAUGAGAAUCUGAACAAAGUCAACAGAUUUUACCGGGACAAAGUUGAUGAAGUGCUUGAGGAAGCGGCUUUGCUGGAUAAACAAAUGGAUGCAUUGAUUGCUUUGCGGGUCAAGGUGCAGACACCUGAUUCAUAUAUCAUGAAUUUGGAGAAGCAUCCCUCCGAUAAGGUCGUAGUAGAUCCAUCUGAUAGCACAAUGAGAACACUGGGCAGCUCGAACUCAGAUAUGGUACAUGGUAUUGACAGAGAUAGCAUUCCAGAAGAGGCUUUCCAUAUCCUGCCUGACAUUGUCCCGAUUACUCAUAUUGAUGAUGAGAGCGACGAGGAAGAUAGUUCUGAUGUUAAGCAGGAUCUCCGUGAAAUACUAGCGCGUGUGAAGAUGAAUGAUGCGCUUGAAUCUCCCAUGUCUACAUUGAAAGGUGUUUUUGGGGAUUCGAAAAAUGAUGAACCAAUCUCCAAGAAAGGAUUAAAAAAAGCAGAGGAACAGUUGAGGCUUGUUUUUAGUGAGUUUUAUCAGAAACUCCGCCGUCUCAAGGAAUACAGUUUCAUGAAUCUUCUGGCAUUUUCAAAGAUCAUGAAGAAGUACGAGAAGAUUGCUUCAAGGAAUGCUUUCAGGAACUACAUGAAAACUGUGGAUAAUUCAUUUAUUGGGAUUUCUGAUGAGAUUAACAGACUCCUGGAGAGAGUAGAGAUAACUUUCGUUAAGCACUUUGCGAACGGAAACCGAAGAGAAGGCAUGCAGUUUCUAAGACCAAAAGUUAAAAGAGAAUGGCACAGGAUUACAUUCUUCUCUGGUUUCUUCUCUGGUUGCUCACUUGCACUAAUUGUUGCUGUUGUUUUCAAGAUAGAAAAUAGAAAUAUCAUGGAGAAGGACUUCGGUACUGAAUACAUGGCGAAUAUUAUCCCCCUUUACAGCUUAUUUGGAUACAUCAUUCUUCAUAUGCUCAUGUACUCAGCAAAUAUAUACUUCUGGAGACGUUAUAGAGUCAACUAUACCUUCAUCUUUGGUUUCAAGCAGGGAACGGAGUUAGGUUACAGAGAAGUUUUCCUGCUAAGCACCGGUCUUGCGGUGCUUGCUUUUAUCUGCUUCCUGAUAAAUUUGCAGCUUGAUAUGGACUGGAGGAUAAAAGAUCAAAAGACACUCCCUGAAGUUAUUCCUUUGGGUUUAGUCACUAUUGUUCUUUGCAUACUUUUUUGUCCUUUCAACAUCAUAUACCGCUCAAGUCGGUUGUUCUUCAUUCGAACACUGGUUCACUGCAUUUGUGCCCCUCUCUACGAGGUUACACUUCCAGAUUUCUUCUUGGCAGACCAACUAACCAGUCAGGUACAAGCCAUACGGAGUUUUGAGCUAUUUAUUUGCUACUAUGGCUUAGGAGAAUACUUGCAGAGGCAAAACAAGUGUCAUAGUCAUGGUGUUUACAAUGCCUUCUACUUUGUUGUUGCUCUUAUACCUUACUGGCUCCGUUUCGUCCAGUGCAUACGCAGAGCAUGCGAAGAAAAGGAUACCAUACACGGAUACAAUGCUCUGAAAUACAUGUUGACAAUCAUUGCGGUCAUCAUAAGAACAGCUUUUGAACUGAAGAAGGGACGAAAUUGGAUGAUUUUGGCUCUUAUAAGCUCAGGUGUUGCAGCGGGUAUGAACACAUUCUGGGAUAUUGUUAUAGACUGGGGACUCCUCCGUAAGAAUUCCAAGAACCCAUACCUGAGAGACAAACUCCUUGUCCCCCACAAAAGCGUCUAUUUUGCAGCCAUGGUAGUCAAUGUGAUACUAAGAGUGGCAUGGAUGCAGCUGGUUCUGGAGUUUAAUUUGAAGUCCCUUCACAGAAUCGCAGUAUCAACCAUUAUUUCAUGUUUAGAGAUUGUUCGUCGGGGAAUAUGGAGCUUCUUCAGGUUGGAGAAUGAGCACUUGAACAAUGUGGGCAAAUACAGAGCCUUCAAGUCGGUUCCACAUCCUUUCCAUUAUUAUAACGAUGACGACUCUGAUGACAAAGACGACUGAGCUCUAUCAUAAUAAUAUUAUUUGAUUCACUGCCAAAA